UUUGGCCAGCCCUGCUUCUCUUUAAUGGAGGUCAUUUGGUGACAAAAGGUCAUGUUUUGCCGGAGGAGUAAUUAAAUACAGUUCUUUUUUAACAUUCACGUCCAUUCUCUAAGCUCAGAAAGCGGAAACUCAGUUGACCUCGCCUUCAAACAUUCGUCAGUGCUGUUCCGGGGUACAUUUCUGCUCUAACUCUCCAGUGUAAAGCAAUGUUAUAAAUCGGACUCAACAACAAUUGCCUUCUCCUAAGACUGUGGUGUCCAACCAUACUAGUAACAUUAUGGAAGCACCAAAACGAGUACCAGCAAUAGUAGCUACUUACUCUAGUUUGCAUCCAUUGAAGUACGAGCAACACUGGCGAGAAAAUAUAACGGACAUUUUGCAAGGGAUGCGCCGACUUGUAUCGAAAGUAGACAUCGAUGUCGCCGAAGCUGAGUACCUCGAACUGUUGAGAUGUGAACAUUUGUUGAAAGACCUCUAUCCCGGCAAGUACAUAGCUCUGAAGAGAAGUCGUAUGGAGAACAGUGAUCCGACUCACCCUAUGGACUACCUCACUGGAGUCCUCUAUCAUAUCAUCCAGAACGCACAGGAAACACCCCUCAGCUACAAGAUCCCAGCGGCACUCAACGAGAUGGUGUCCCUCAAAAGGUCCCAGGAGGUACUGGAGAAGCAUCAGAUUGAAGAGCAGGACAAAGGGAGAAAAUCAAAGAAAUCUCCGAAAGCCACUCCCGAGAAAGACAAGAGGAAAUUGAAGAAAGACAAACAAUCCUACUCGGAAACGAAUCCUGAGGAGGAAAAUUUUAAGAAUUCAGACAAUCCUAGGUCUAAAUCCCCCGAUAAACUCAAAGACGGGGAGUGGACAAUGGUGUUGUUUGAUGAUUAUUUGAAACUGAAAAGUACAAUAGAAUUUCAGAGAUCAAAAAUCGCAGAGCUGACGUCCAGGUUGACGCAUACCUUAAACAUCAAGCCAACGGAAGAAACCACUUAUAUUACCAAUUCUGAUGAUGAAGGUCGACCAACGCGUCUUGCAGAACGCUUUGCCAUCGUAUAUGAAGAAGAAUGGAACGACGCGUUUGACGCACUGACAAUGACGCUUCGAUGGGGAGAAAUGGAUGCAAUCUUCCAUCUACUUAGGAUUGUCCGGUACAUUUACGACUAUUGUGAAACAACUGCGAAAGAGCAACUACAGAUGUUAGAAAAUGUUUUAUAUGGUCCUCUGAUUCAUCCAAAACGACAGUAUAAGGAUUCCAAUGAUGUCGAGAAUCUUCCCGAUGGACAGCAGCUACUGAUGUCGUCAUGCGCUGUGAGAUGCGCAAAGGAUUUUAGGAAAGUUAACGCUGGAGUAUCUGUUCCAGAGCUUUGCUUAGACUUCAAAGACCAGGUUGUGAGGCAUAUAUUCAAAUGGGACCUGGACCUUUUGCCGGCAGCCGUGCUUAAUUUUAUUGAUAAAUGCAUGGAAAUAAUUUGGUUAAUGUGCAUACAGGAGCCUCCAAUGGUGAUAACGUGGGCGAAUGAUGGGGAAAGCGUCAAUACCAAUUACUACACGUUUUACUCAAGGAAAGGGGAGAUAGUCAAACAACCCGUGUGGCCAGCUGUGUUCCUUCAACAUGGCGGCCCACUGCUAACCAGAGGAGUUGUGGUUCCUGUUUAGAUAAAAUAUCCGGAAUACGUACAUGUAGUUUAACAUGUACAGUUUUAAUGACUUUGGUGUUUUCGUGCAUUUUAGAAUGUUUAUGGCUGACUGUUUUGAUUGUAUUCAUCAAUUCCAUCGUUAGCUUUUGAUAACUGGAAGUAUUUGAUCAGCGAUUUAACAAUUGGAAUAUUUCAUCUCUACAACUGCAUCAUAUACAUUGAUGGAAAAAAAAAUAUUGAAUUUU